UCCACACACAAGCUCCCGAUAGAUACACCCGAGCCCGUCAAUGGCGGCAAUGAGGACUGCAGCGGGGAGCAGCGAGCAUGGCGAGCCCGUCGAGCAGCCUGUGGGGCGCCCUGGGGCAAGCCUCCACCAUGGCGCAGCUGAUGGGCGUGGACGCGCUCGGGCUGGUCUCCAUGGUCGUGCAGGCCGCCCUGGUGGCGCGCCGCCACCGGGAUGCCUGCGUGCGGCUCGCGCAGCACGUGGAGCUCAUCGGCGGCCUGCUCGGGGAGCUGGAGCUCGCCGAGCUGAUGCGUCGGGAGGCCACCAGGCGGCCGCUGGAGCAGCUCGGCGGCGCGCUGCGGCGGUGCUACGCACUCGUCACGGCGUGCCAGGACUGCGGCUACCUGCGCCGCCUGCUCCUGGGAGCCCGGAUGGCCGAGGAGCUCCGCGCCGCGCAGCAUGAGAUCGACAUGUUCAUCCGCCUCAUCCCGCUCAUCGCCCUCGUCGACAAUUCUACUGCAGAUAGUCGCCGUGUCAAGCAGGCUGAUGAGGGGGUGCUCUCUGUAGUCACAGAUAGUUCGAAUCGUCACAUCAGGUCAGCUUAUUCUUCCAUUAUGUUUCCAACAAAAUCUUUGGAGUUAACCAAAAUCCGCAUUCAAGGAGCUACUGAACUCUGCAAUGCUGGAGAACAACCAUUUGUAGGAAAAGUGGACCUGCGAGAACAAAAUAUCGUUGACAUUGAAGAACUUGUGGAACUUUGUACCCGUAUGGAAGAGGCUUGCUCGGGAUUCACAAGGUUCGAUUUCUGUCAGAUCUUGGAUGCUACAGACAAUUUCUCAGAGAAGAUGAUAGUUGGGUGGGGAGGAUUUGGGAAGGUGUACAAGGGCCAGUUGCCUGGUGGACUUAAUGUUGCCAUCAAAAGAGCUGAUGAGCACACAGCAAUGCUUGAAGUCAACAGUGAAUUGCAGCUUGCAAAGCUUCAGCAUGCCAAUGUGAUUAGGUUAUUGGGGUGGUUCCUUGGAUCAAAAUGGAAGAUCUUAAUAUUAUAUUUUUUGUUGUUUCAACAUUUGGCAGCCAGAAUAAAAGGGCCAUUACUAGACUGGUCUAAGAGACUCAAAAUAAUCAAAGGGUUAGUAGAGGGGCUUGUUUACCUGCACAAGCACCACAUGCUAUCUAUUGUCCAUAGGGACUUGAAACCAAAUAAUAUUAUCUUGGAAUGUGACAUGACCCUUAAUAUUUCUGAUUUUGGAUCAGCUAAAACCCUGAGUCCAGACGUAACAGAAGAGCAUACAUGCAGGGUGGUGGGCACUAGUGGUUACAUAGCCCCGGAGUACGCAUCUCGAGGGGUUUACUCUCUGAAGACGGAUGUGUUCAGCUUCGGCAUCUUGGUUCUGGAGACCAUUAGCAGACGAAAGAACACCAUACUCGACAAGCGAGGGGAUACCGUCGGCGAUCUUGUACGAGAUGCCUGGUGUAUAUGGAAGGACAGAAGGCUGCAUGAGCUCGUAGAUCGAUCACUAGGUGACAGAUAUGAAGUAACUGAAAUAAAGAGAUGUGCUCAGGUGGCACUGCUUUGUGCCCAGGAAGAUCCAGUAGAUCGGCCCGCCAUGACAGAUGUUGCUGCAAUGCUGAACUCUGAAAGCAUAAGCUUAUCAAUGGAGCCUAAGCAACCCACUGUGCUGAUCCAUGGGUGUGCUGACAGAGACAUGACAUCGACAUAA